CGCUCGGCGGCGCCCGGGACAGUCGGGAGCCGCGCCCGCAGCCGCCGGCCGCGCGGCCGGACGAGGGGACUAUGGAGCUGGAGCCCGAGCUGCUGCUGCAGGAGGCCCGCGAGAGCGUGGAGGCGGCGCAGAGCUACCGGCGGGAGCUAGGCCAGAGGCUGCAGGGGCUGCGGGAGGCGCGGAGGCAGAUCAAAGAGAGUGCAUCCCAGACGAGAGAUGUCCUCAAACAGCAUUUUAACGAUUUGAAAGGAACCCUUGGGAAGCUCCUGGAUGAGCGAUUGGUGACCCUUCUGCAAGAGGUGGACACCAUUGAACAGGAGACCAUUAAACCACUAGAUGACUGCCAGAAGCUGAUAGAGCACGGAGUUAACACUGCAGCGGACUUAGUCCAAGAAGGUGAGAUCGCCAUUCUGGGUGGUGUAGGAGAACAGAAUGAAAAACUGUGGAGCUUUACCAAAAAGGCCUCACACAUCCAGUUGGACAGCUUACCAGAGGUGCCUUUACUGGUUGAUGUGCCUUGCUUAUCUGCUCAGUUGGAUGACUCAAUUCUUAACAUAGUGAAAGACCAUAUUUUCAAGCAUGGAACGGUAGCGUCUCGCCCACCAGUACAGAUAGAAGAAUUGAUAGAGAAACCCGGAGGCAUCAUCGUACGAUGGUGUAAGGUGGAUGACGACUUUACCGCCCAAGAUUACAGGCUCCAGUUCCGUAAAUGUACUUCCAGUCAUUUUGAGGACGUGUAUGUAGGCUCUGAAACUGAAUUCAUAGUAUUGCACAUAGACCCCAAUGUUGAUUAUCAGUUCAGAGUCUGCGCCCGAGGAGAUGGCCGACAGGAGUGGAGUCCUUGGAGUGUCCCCCAGAUAGGUCAUUCCACGCUGGUGCCUCAUGAGUGGACAGCUGGCUUUGAGGGGUACAGUCUGAGCAGUCGAAGAAACAUAGCGCUUCGGAAUGAUGCUGAAUCGUCCGGUGUUCUCUACUCCAGCGCUCCCACUUACUUCUGUGGGCAGACAUUAACAUUCAGAGUUGAAACUGUGGGACAGCCAGACAGAAGAGACAGUAUAGGAGUGUGUGCAGAAAAACAGAACGGAUAUGACUCCCUGCAGCGGGAUCAAGCAGUUUGCAUUAGUACAAAUGGUGCAGUUUUUGUAAAUGGAAAAGAAAUGACUAAUCAGUUGCCCGCAGUUACUUCUGGGUCCACUGUCACAUUUGACAUUGAAGCUGUGACUCUAGGAUCCAGCAAUAAUAACGAAGGCGGAAACAUCAAGCUUCGAGUAACUAUUAGCUCAAAUAACAGAGAAGUGGUGUUUGAUUGGUUGCUCGAUCAGUCUUGUGGUUCUCUUUACUUUGGAUGCUCGUUUUUCUAUCCUGGGUGGAAAGUGCUGGUAUUCUAGAUUUUCAGAUGAUUGGCUUUGGGUUUGCAGGGGUUUCACAUAGCUUUCCUCAGCCCAGUUCAGUUGUCAUUGGUUUAAAAAAUGGUUAGAUUCAUCUCUCAGUUAAGUCAUUGGAAACAGAAAUUAUUUACUGGAUUUAUUUUCCAAUAUCUUAGCAAUAAGAGGUGUGAAUAUUGUGGACAAAACAGUAAUGCAGUCCAUUUUAUUUUUAGCAUAGUGUUAAUUGGAAUAUCACAUCACAAUAAAAAUCAAAUUGGCUUUUAAAAGUGUGAGGCGAUAUAGACAGCCCUAUGUACCUUUCCACUGUACUUCUUUUUAAAGUUGGCUGUAAGAACACAAAAAUGUAACGUAACUUUUUUUUUUUUAUUAAAUCUUUAUCUUUUAAAGAUCCAAGGCCAUCCAAGACUUUAGAAUGAAUAGGCAAGAAGAGACCAGGUAGAACGUGCCACCAUGUACGCUGUAAUGUACACUCUCUUGUGUGUUCUCCACAGGAGUGUUGAAUAUGCUCUUCAUAUGCAGGGAUUUGUAAGCAGUAUUGAAUUUUAUCUCAUGUUCAGUAAUCUUGAAGUCCCAAAAGCACGAUAAUUUUUGUAUUUUAAAAAAUUACUGGGCUUCCCUGGUGGCGCAGUGGUUGAGAGUCCGCCUGCCGAUGCAGGGGACAUGGGUUCGUGCCCCGGUCCGGGAAGAUCCCACAUGCCGCGGAACGGCUGGGCCCGUGAGCCAUGGCCGCUGAGCCUGCGCGUCCGGAGCCUGUGCUCCGCGACGGGAGAGGCCACAGCAGUGAGAGGCCCGCGUACCGCAAAAAAAAAAAAAAAAAAAAAAACUGAGCAAAUGUCUACAACAGGCAACGUGUUUUCUUUUGUUCUUUCCUUGCAGUUCAAUUCACAAUAGGCUAGAGGGUUUUUACAGGGUAAAACUACUUAUGGAAGUAGUAUGCACAGCAGUGUUAGCCAUGUCCCAUGUUUGAAAUAUGCACAGGUGCAUAUCCAGCCUCAGUGACGUGCAUGUUGUUCUUCCUAGGGUCUGAGCUGCAGUCCAGUUUCAUGUCAGUUUCAUAAAUGGUCUUUUAGUGGACCAAACAAAUGUAGGGUAAAUACUUGACCUAUUUUUUGGAAAACUUAAAUUUGUUUAAAAUAUUUAUUUGAAGGACUUAGGAUGUAAAAAUGAUUAUCUUGCUAUAUAACAGCUUAAGAUCUUUUUUCUUUAAUGUGAAUUUUUUUUUUCAUUUUUAACAGAAAAGUGGAAAAGCAAGUUUGAUAUUUUUGUGAGAUAAUUUAUUUGGGGAUUCCAGUUCCCUAUUAGACAAUCAUGACCUUUUCCCCUUGCCUUUUUAUAUUAUAAGUAAGCUGUUUUUCACUUGCUUAGUGACUGUUAAGAAGAUGUGCUAGAAUGUAGAUGUCUCGUCCAACUGUCUGAAACAAAAUAAAAAACUAAAAGGUAUAUGUGUGUAUUUUUUUCUUUCAUGAGAUUUAAUUCAGGUUUACUUUUUUAAGUAGAGGGAGAAAAGUCAGCUUCACUUUUAAGUGGGAGGAUCCAUAUGUAUAUAAAAUGAAUAAGUUAUAUAUACGUAUAUAACAUAUAUAUUGGCAAGACUGUACUCCCUCCAAAGGGUCUAGGGGAGAAUCCUUGUCUCUGGAAGCUUCUAGUGGCCGCAGGCAUUCCUUGACUUGUUGCUGCAAAACUCCAGUCUCUGUCUUCCCAUGGCCUUUGGGCUUUGUUUUUAGCUGCGCUGCGGCAGUCCUAACUAACCCCUGGACCACCAGGGUAUUCCCUCCUUUGGUCUCUUAAAAGGACAUUUCUCUUGGAUUUAGGACCCAGUCAAAUAAUCCAGGAUGAUCUCAAGGUCCUCAAUUUAUAUCUUCAAAGAAGAUAUAUAUUUAUAUCUUCAAAGACCCUUUUUCCAAAUAAAAUCACUAUCACAGGUUCUGGUGUGGACAUGUCUUUUUGUGGGCCAGCGUCAUUCAACCCUGACGAUGGUGUUUGGCUGGAGUGGAGUGGUGGUUGGCUGUAAGUUUCUGUCUUACUAGGCUGCCACUUUCCUGGUCCUUUGGCUACAGAGAGCAGGCUUUUGUUGGGGUUUUGUCUGUGUCUGUUGGUAUUUCCAUGUUGCUGGCUUCUUCAGCCCCAAGUCUGAGAUACGUAAGACAAGAGAACCCUAGGAACGCACAGUACUGAGUUCCUUGAGUUUUGAGGUUCCUCGGCCAUCUGUCAGAAUCUUCUUAUGUUUGUUUUAUAUUUUUUCCAGGGUUUUUGGUUGUACUUAGCAGGAGGAAUAGGGAAAUUAUGCUAUUCCAUCUUCUCAGAAGCAUAAAUUCUGAAGCUAUAUAAUAGAUUUUAAUAUCAAAACAAAAACAGAAGUAGAGAUGAAAGGUAAAUACGUCUCUUAUGAGGGGUUUUCCUGCAGAGGGAGCAGAGUAAGCAUCUAGCUCCUGUGUUAAAUGUGAAGGAUUUAGUUCAAGAAGUGAGAUUUAUUCAAUUAUUGAGAACAAACUAUUGUGACAACUGUGAUUGACGGUCACACACUCAUUUAGGUAUCUCCUAAACUGGUUCAGAACUUGCCAUACGUAUGUAAAUCAACCAGUGUCAGAAUGGAUAGUUUGCUCAGCUCAGAUCUACUGCUGCAUUACUUGUUUCCUGUGUCCCAUGUCUUCCUCCUUCUUGGAUUAUUCCUUUAUUUUAGUGGAGCACUUCCUCCAUUUCCUGAGAAAGGGUGCCCAAGAGGUAAAUAUUUUGAAAGGUAGAGGUCUGAAAAUCUCUUUAUCCUACAUUUGACUGUGACUCAUUAAGAAUUCUAGGUUGGAGAUCAUUUCCCCUCAGAAUUUGAAUGCAUUGCUCCGUUGUCACCUAGGAUACAACCAAAAGUUGAUGCCGUUCUGGUGCCCAUUUGUUUGUAGGUUGUAUGUUUUUUCUCUUUGGAAGACUGUGGUAUCUUUUUAUUCUGUCUUCCUAGGUUGGUAUAACACUCAGCUACAUAGCUCAUUUAACUGCUGACCCUAUGGGUAGAUGAAUUUCUGACACUUACUUUAAACGCACUAGAUUAUAAAUUCCUUGAGCUUUUGUAUCUUCCGUAGCAAUUAUUCUCAAUCCUGCUUGCACGUUAGAAUUUCCUGGAGAGCUUUUAAAAACAGCAAAAAUUCUGAUUUAAUUGGUACUAGUGGCGCUCACUUUUUUUUUUUUUAAAGAAAUGAAAUUAUUCUGUUAUGAAGGCAGAUUUGGGAGUAACUGCUCCAAAGUAACCAAAAGUCCAGUCUCUGUAGUAAUUUAUUUUGUAAAUCUAAAUUUUCUUUGAAAGACUAUCUUUUAUUCUGAAAUUAUCCUUCUUGCUCUUUUUGUACUGUGUCCUUCUAUAACAUGAAAGUGACAGUAGAUGUCAGGUUUGCUUGUUUUGUUCAUAAAUCUUAUCUGACAAAACGUCAAAAAAUUUUUGAAUGUAUAUUACUGGUCUCUGAAAUCUGAAAGGCUGGGAUCUACUUACUACCCUACAUUUCCUGAUAUAUGGGAAAUAUAUUUCCCAUAUAUAUGAUAAAUACUUUUGAACUAAGACCAGUACUUUUCUUUUUAAAAACAAAAACCAUAUUCAGCAAAAUAAAACUAAUCUCUCACAAAAGCCUCUCUCUCAUGGAAUUUCAUGUUGAUUAAAUGAAAAGUGACCUUUCUGUGUCACUUCUAUUCAUUAGUCUUACAUAAGGCAAUGUUAGAAAACUUGCAGUUUUGUAGAGAAUUAGACUUUGUUAAUGUAAUCUCAGGAGACUUCUUCAUGUUCUUAAAACAGCUUGUGGAAGAGGGAGCAAGCAUAUGGUUUUCCUUUAGCGGUGAGAGCUGAGGAUUGAAGUUGGCAAAACCGUGUGGCCAUCGGGAAAGGAAACAGUCAUGCUAACCAAGAGCAGGUUACUGUGCUAGAUCCCUUGUUGAAGGGGGCAUUUUAAUCCCAUUUUACAGUUGAAGAAACAAACUCAGUGUCGGUAAAUAACUAUGAGUUUUGAAGCUGCAAAGGCACCAAAGUUGGCAUUCAAAUCCAAGACUAUCGACUAUCAGUUCUUCUACCACGAUACCCUCUGUCCGCACUACCCGAUGUCUCAGGGCACCAAUUGGAGAUAAGACACUUGGAAAUACGGCUUACUAAAACAUGAGUGAAUGUUUCCCUCUCUGGAAUUUAAGAUUCAUGAGGACAGGAACAAUGUCUGGCUUAUUCAUCUUUUUAUCCUCAUGCUUAGCUUAAGGCAAAGGCCAUAGUAGGCACCCAGGAAGUAUUUAACGAAUAAGUAAGGCUCCUUAAGGCUAAUUACCCACAUGGCAACCUUGGUCCUUUCCCUACAGGGGUGCACAGAAGAACCAGCCCCCCAGAUGAGAAACAGGGAUAGACAGGAUCUAUUCAGAAGAAAAUCUUACUUGAUUUAGUGAAGAAGCUAAGAUUUAUUGGACCCCUGUUACGUUCUAGGUACUUGUAUUAGGUGAUUCAUAAAUUUGUCUCAAAAUAUAAAAAGGUUUUAUUCUGAUAUCUGUAUAACUUCACCCCUUCUCUGGAGUAAUGAGCAAUAAAUCUAGCAAAGAGGUAUAUGAUUGUUUAGGGACAGGAGGAGAAAGAAGUGACUGUAGUUUUGAUCCAUGGGGGCUGGGAGAAUCCUUGAAACAGGAUCUGAGUCUUAUUCAACUUCUCAUUCCCAGUGCUUGGGACAAGUGCUGGCACACAUUCACAGAUGACUGACAGAACGGCUGCUAGUGGUAGCAUGCUACAAGAGCAGGUGGAAGCUAUUUGGGUUCUGAAAAAGAAUGGGGUAGCAUGGACAGAAAUAUGAUUCCAGGAGAUGGUGCACUUGCAGGUAGCCCCUGGUUGAAGCUUUGCCAUGUGGAUAGGAUGGAUGGUAGUCAGAAAUGGGAAAAGAGAACAGAUGAAAUAUAGUAGUCCAGGAGAUAGCCACCCUGUUCUCUAGAACCAACUUUAUAACGUGAUUCAUCCAUGUGACACUUCAGUAGCAAUCUUGUUUGCCUAAGAAUGUACUUGAGUGAAUUUUUACCUCUGUAUAAAAAUCAACCUUACACUUGUACAAGUAGUACAUAGGAAUAGAAUAUGCUCCAGAAACUGGAUUGUAGACUGUGUACAGAGAACACCAGAAUGCAUGGUGUGUACCAUGCUGUACUCUGGUAUCUCACCUGGUUGGAGGGGAGACUGCAUACAUGAGAGAUAAGACUGAAAACAUAGUGAAUUCAGAUCAGGGAGGAAGAAUACGAUUUUUACACUGUCAACAACUGGGAACCAUCAAUGAUCCGUUUUAAUAUGGUACUUGGUAUAGUUAAUAAAACCUCAUGUAUUUCCCCUUUUCUAAGAUCAGCAUACUAUUUAGAUUAACAAACAGAAAAUAUAAAUUGAAUGUUUAGAAACUAUUUUUUCACAGUGAACUUCCCGUCUUACUUAAUACAAAUUUACUAUGUUCCAAUUCUGUGCUAACCACUUAUCCAUUAUACCUGGUUCCCAGUGAGAAAUCAUCCCUCUUCCUGAACUCCCUUAUCUAUUUUUUUAGAUUUUUAAAAUAUAAGAACUACAGAAAAUAGGCAGUACAUUUAGAUUUCAGAAGUGGCACAGUGAAAAGCCACCUUCCUAUCUGUCCUUUCAUCCAGCCAUCUUCUCUGAAAGCAGUUGCUUUUGUGUAUCCUUUUAGUCAUAUUCUGUAACCCAAGCAAAUAUGGGCAUAUAUUAACUUUUCAAAUUUUUAAAAAAUGGAACUUAUAUCUUGGCAUUUGUUCUGCAUUGGUUAAAAACAAACCUUCCCGAUCCCCUUUAUGUGGCUGUAUAUUCCACUUAUAUGGAUUAUAACUUACUUAACCAGUCUCCUACUGAUGACUUGUGUCUAAUCUGCUCUUUUCAACAGUGGUCACAGUUUGUCGGUGUACAUGUGUUCCAGUUUAUCUGUAGGAUUAAAUUCCUGAAGAUGAAAUUGUUGGGGCAAAGGUUAAAUGCAUUGUGAUUUUCAUGGGAAGUACCAAAUUGCUGUCUCCAGAGAUUGUACUAAUUUAUUUUCCCACCAGAAAUGUCCUGAGUACCCACUUCCCCAUUUUUUACCAACAGUAUUAUUAGCAGGCUAAAUCCAUCUGUGUUCUUGAUCUCAUUCCUUCCUUUUUCUGGUAACUUGCAUCUUUGGUCCUCUCUGUGUCUUCCUCAGUAUACAUACUCAACCUUCCCAUCCACUCUCCCCGGUCUCUUCCUUUGCCUGUUUCCCUCUUCCUAUGGCCCCAUUUUUCACAUCUUCAUGUUGAACUUCUCCAACUCAUUUUCCAUUUACUAGGCUCAUUAAACCUGUUUUCUAUCACUAAACUCCCUUGAAGGUGAUAUCGUACUCAUUUUCUGUUACAGCACUACUGUUUUCUUUUUGAAACUCUCCUCCUUCGGCUUUGUCACUGCGUAUUAGUUCAUUUUCAUUCCUUCACACUGAAACAAACACCACUCAGUGAUUACUUCUUGGGCACUUACUUCACGACGGGCAGUGUUCUAGUAGUUGGAUAUUUCACCUGGAGGACUACAACAGCAUUCUAGUGAUUCUCCCUCUGUAGAGCUUCUCCCCUCCCAAAUUCUUGUAACCAUGUCUCACCUAUAACACAAAUGGGUUUGUGUCAUGUCUGUGCAGUAAAUCUCCAAAUACUUCCUACUGCCUGAAAUCCAGUCGCUUAGCAUGGCAUGUAAAGCCUUCAGUUCAUGUGGCAAAUGUCUGAACACCAACUAAGACCAUGACACAGUACUAAGGCCAGUGAGACUGACUUAGCAGUCUAAUGAAAAGGAAACAGGUGCUUAAACGAAACACACACAGUGAGCUUUGGAAGCAGAAGGGUGCUCAGCUCAAAGAAUACAAAGCAACAUGUAUAUAGGCAAGCUAUUACUUGUAAAUAAAGCAAGCACAGUGGAAUUGUCAACACUUCUGUAAAGUUUCCCUCAACUCUUCUAAGUUAAUUAUUUCAACAAACUAUUGACCUCACAGAAUGUAGCAUACAAUUUUAUUAUAUAAUAUAUUGUUUUACGUUAUCAUUUGUAUCCCACUCUUAAUCUAUGGGCUUUUUGAAGGCCACGAUAAAUUCUUUUUCAUUCAAAAGAAAAUGAAAAAACCAAAGAUGGAUUAACAUUAGGCUAACUAAUAUUGACAUUACUCUGGAAUAUAAAUUUUAAAAUAUUUAUGUAAUACCAUAAAUAACAUACUAGUUGCAACUGAUGUUACUAGAACUGAAAGCAGGAUUUCACAUUAAUUUUUCUCUUAAUUUCUUAUUAGCUCUGACGGGUGUAAUUUUUUUGGAUCCUUACUAUCUUAGCCGAGCCCAAAUUUUUGUGCAUGUAUUGACAAUGCAUAAUAAUAAAAAACAAAAACAAAACAGAAUACAGCUUUUAUAUUAUUGAACUUUAUGUACAAAAUCAUUUGAUUUCAAAUAAACAUUUAAUGU